AUGGGUUCUAAAGAAAAAUCAUCCAUGGAAGGGGCUGAAAAUGUGAAUGAUUUGAAAGAUCUAUCAAAUGAUUUAGAAUCAGAAAAAGACGUAGAGGAUGUUGUUGAAUUGAAUGAAGACAUAAAGGUCAACAUAGUGAAGGACGAUGAGGAGGUGGAAGGUGUGACGUUAGAUAAAAUGAAGGUUGGAACCCCAUGCAAGUUGGCGUUUGAAAUGAAAGAUCAUGUCGUUUCAUGGGGGACCAUAAUUGAUUCAGUUGUAGAAGGGGACAAUGUUAAAGUGGUAGUAGAUGUCGUGGUGGAUGGAGAUUGUGCAAUUCCCAUUCCAUCUGAGCAAGGGAUGUACAAAAUGUCCGCGGAAGUUGGUUCACACAUAUUGUGGCCACGUGAUCUUGUCAUUACUAACAAUAUAAAGAUGGACUAUGGGGAAUUUACUAAGGAUAUGAGCACAUUCGCACCAACACCAAUUCAAAAUGCUCUAGUUGCAUUACGGUUCUUACUACGAAUGGUUGAACAUAUGGGGUCAGCAAUUCAAAUCACCACACCAUAUGACGUAUUUGGGGUUCGAAGAAAAUGUUGCAUAAUGAUAGAGUUGUUGAAGGAUUUCACAUAUAUGCGACCAAUAGCUACCGCUUGCCUUGAUGCGUACAUAAUAUAUCUAUACACACUUAUGGAAUCAUCAAGAACUUUGAAUCUAUACAAGUUUGUUGAUGCCGGGUCGAUUAGUUGUGGGAGUUCUAAAGAAGAACGAGCCCAAUUGUUGACAGCACGAUUACUUGGAACAGAUUACGAUCAACUCUUACUGAUUCCUUACAAUUUCGGGAAUCAUUGGACAUUGGUUGCAAUAAACCUUACGAAGGAUGCUGCCUUUUGGAUAGACCCUUUGAAAAACCGUAUUGACCUAGAUGUAACCGAAGUAGUUGAAAGGUCGUUCAACAUAAUGAACAAGAAAAAAUCAAAUUGGAGGGUCGUGAAGUGUGCUAAGAAAUCAGGAGUAGUAGAAUGUGGUUAUUACGUGAUGCGGUUCAUGCGUGACAUCAUAAUGUCAACGAAUGAAAGAUUCACCCCAUGCUUAACACAGGAUGACAUUGAUUGUAUAAGGUCUGAAUGA